AUGGAGACCAAUGAGAACCCACCAACGAACACCCUCGUUGUAAGAAAACCAUGUUUUGGUCUUCCAAUCGGUUGUCCUCAAUGUUUGUCUGCUUACAUCUAUCUCAAACUCUCUCAACUUCCAUUCCAUUUGGAUUAUCACCUUAACUACCCCGAUUCUGAUCAAAUUCCUUACUUUGAGGUUGGUGAUUAUGUGACAUAUAAUAAUGAUAAGGAAGGGAUCAUUGGGGGCUUGAAAAGGGAUGUAAGUGAUUUAGAUGUUGGGGUAUCUUCACUCCCCGAAUGGCUACCGACCAAGGUGAUGCUUACGACAUGGCUUGCUGAUGCACUUGAGUAUGAGCUUUGGGUGGGAAGUGACGCUUCGUCGGCUUAUAGCAUCUAUUAUUCUGAUCUUCCGUGGCCUAUAGGAAAGGUUUUGUUUUGGAAGAAAGCUCAUUGGGUGAAGCAGAAACAUGAGAUAAGUAAAGACAAUGCUGAAGUAAAGGAAGAAGAGAUUUAUGGAAGAGCAAACUCUGCAUAUGAUGCUUUGUCAACAUUGUUAGGGGAAGAAAACUACUUAUUUGAAAACAGGGCAUCAAGCUUGGAUGCUAUUUUUCUUGCACAUGCAUUAGUAGUUAUUCAAGCUUUUCCUGAAUCAUCAAUUUUGCGGUCCAAUUUUUUGAAACACGCAAAUUUAGUGAGAUAUGUGCAACAACGUAAGGAAGAACUUAUAGAAGCUGCUGGUACGUCUCCGUCUAAGGAUCCAUAUUUUGGUGCAUCAUCAUCAACUUCUGGAGGUCCUUCAACUUCAAGUUCAAAGUUCAAGAGCAGACAUAAAAAGGAGAAAACAAAGGAGGAGAAGAAACAACGAAAAGGGCGAAAUAUUUUGUGGUAG